AUGAAUUACGAGGGCGCUCCAGGGCUGGAUUUUGGCGGAGGCAAUGUGAAAAUUGACCCCAGCGUUACUAAAGUUCUGCCACAAGGCUGCCGAGUCAUCUCAACGGAGACCCAUGGUGUGAGCUUCUGGGCCAACACUGGUCGCAUUGACGUUGAACUAUGUGACGGAUCCGCACAAUCAUUCUUCAUCAAGGUAGAAUCUCAUGAUGUUGGCAAGAACAUGCUCAGUAGCGAGUUUGAGUCCAUGAAAGCAAUCCAUCGUCUUGCGCCUGAUUUUGCACCCGAACCCAUCGCUUGGGGGACCUACGAGUUAGUGCCUGAGAACCACUUCUUCGUCAGCAAGUUUCAUGAUAUGCGUCCGGAUAUGCCAGACCCAGGCAAGUUUGCCGCUCGAUUGUCUGCACUACACCAGUCCAGCAGGUCACCGAACGGAAAGUUUGGAUUCCACGUAACGACAUAUGCUGGGAACCUGCCGCAGUAUACUGAAUGGGAAGAUAAGUGGGAAAUAUUUUUCUCAAAGAGUCUGAGAAAGGCUCUCGACUUAGAGAUAGAAGCAAAAGGAUACGAUCCAGAGUUCGACACUCUGAUUCCCGCAAUUUUUAACAAAGUCAUACCGCGCCUGUUAAGACCACUCGAGAGUGAAGGACGCUCUGUAAAACCAUCUUUAGUGCAUGGCGAUCUAUGGUAUGCGAACUCCGGCAUCGAGAGUGACACGGGUGAAGCUUUGGUGUUUGAUGCGUGUUGUUUUUACGCACAUAAUGAGUAUGAGUUUGGUCAAUGGAGGCCGGCCUGCAACCGCUUUGGUGCUAAAUAUUUAGAUGCAUAUCAUGCUUGUGCACCAAUUUCCUCACCUAAGGAGGAUUUUGAUGGCCGUGUGGACUUAUACAAACUGAGAUAUAUUUUUGAUAAAAGCGUUGCCUUGAAAACUUCUAAUUUAUCAUAGAAGGUUCAAUACCCACGUAUCGGCCC